CACUCGCUCCCUUGCCCAGGGUUAUAAACACUACAGAUCCCGUUCCUCCUUCCCUUUUCGCCAUUCGAAACUCAACCUUUACUUCACAUUCAACCCCUCUUGAUCCCAUACAACCUAUCCUUAACGUCAGAAAUCAACCCCUUAUCGCCCUACGAUUAACCCUUCAUCCCUAGCUAGACCAACUCCGAUGAUGUAUGCACAACCCUUCAUCUUGUUGGGCCUUGGCCUUCUCCCCUCAGCCUAUGGACAUAUGAUCAUGGCCAAUCCUGAGCCGUUCGGGCAUCCAGACAACAGUCCCCUCAGAUCAGAUGGCAGCGACUUUCCUUGCAAGGUCGGCGCUGGCGGACAAUAUCAAGUUACGAAGAUGAAUGACUGGCAGGUGGGCUCGCAGCAAACCCUCUCAUUCAACGGUUCCGCUGUCCAUGCUGGAGGAUCUUGCCAGAUUUCCGUCACAACCGACAAGCAGCCCACUAAAGACUCCAAGUUCAAGGUCAUCUACUCGAUUGAAGGUGGCUGCCCUGGGGUCGAUAAGCCAGCGACCUUCCCGUUCUCCAUCCCCAAGGAGCUUCCGAACGGCGAGGGUACGAUGGCCUGGACUUGGAUGAACAAGAUUGGCAAUCGCGAAUUCUACAUGAAUUGCGCGCCCAUCAAGGUUUCCGGUGGAAGUGAUGAUGCAGCCGCAUUCAAUGCAUUGCCAGAUAUGGCCGUCGCAAACCUCGCCACUACAUCUUGCAAGAACGAGCCUUCCUUCGACUACACCUUCGAAAAUCCUGGAAAGUACACAACACGGAUUGGAGCGGGUCCCUUCGCUCCUCUCUGCGGUGGUCCCCCUGUCUCUGGCUCGCCAGGAGCUUCACCGACAGCACCAGGCAAUGGUACUCCCCCCUCGAAGCCUACCACUUUCAAUAAUGGUUUGUGGACACCUCCUGGCACCAAAGUUGUGGGUCCAUCAACUAUAGAUUCGUCUGUUGCUCCGACCUCGUCUGUUGCUCCGACCUCGACUGUCGCCUCACAAGUAGUCCCAGUUACGUCCACCGUUCGUACUCUCGUCACUGUCACUGUUCCUGCUGGAACAGGAUCUAUAGGUCAGCCUUCCGUGGCCCCGUCAAACACGACAUCGAUCUUCAACAAACCCUCUGAGCCCACGGCAUCAUCAGCACCGGCUGCGCAGCCCUCUGCACCGGCUCCCGGAAAUACCACAUGCGGAGAUCAGGGUGCGAUCCUCUGCAACGGAAGUGACAAAUUUGGCAUCUGCAACCACGGCAAAGUUGUCUGGCAGUCCGUUGCUCCUGGUACCAAGUGUCAAGACGGUGCGAUCGCGAAAGUGAAGCGUGACUACGUCCUCCGCACUGAGCGGGCCAACAAGUUGCGAGGCAUGAUCCUUCACGCGUGAUUCAAUUUGUUGUCUCAGUGUUCGGGUGCUAUUUUCACAAGUUUCUUAUCCGCACCACACAUACAUAUAUCGACUCGUUGCUACUCGUAAAUAUUCCUUGCUCUCUUCAGGCGAGGUCAGGCUACAUCUGAUGAGUCUAUCGCUCAUGGAGCACGAGAGCUUCUCCAUCACUUCAUCAGGUUCAAGCGAUCAUAUCUUUAAGCGUGC